AUGAAGAACACAUCUCUGCUGUGGCUGCUCACUCGUCUGACUGUGAGUCCCAGCAGUUCUCAGUUUUUUAUUAGAGACUUUGUGUCUCUGAGCUGUGAGGAGGACGACAGCUCUGCUGGAUGGACUCUGAGGAGAAACACAAGCAAACAACAGAGGACUCAGUGUGGAGAUGGGUGGGGAGAAGCAGCUGGUUCUUCAUGUAACAUCAGUUACAUGUAUACAUCAGACAGUGGAGUUUACUGGUGUGAGUCCAGAGAGGGUCCCAUCAGUAACAUGGUUAACCUGACAGUCACUGGUGGAUCAGUGAUCCUGCAGAGUCCUGUCCUCCCUGUGAUGGAGGGAGAUGACGUCACUCUGCUCUGUAAAACAAAGACCACUCCCUCCAACCUCCCAGCUGCUUUCUAUAAAGAUGGCUCCCUCAUCAGGAAGCAGCCUACAGGUCACAUGACCAUCCAGCAUGUUUCCAGGUCUGAUGAAGGCCUCUACAAGUGUGACAUCAGCGGUCAUGGAGAGUCUCCAUCCAGCUGGAUCACUGUCACAGGGAGACCUACAACCACAACCUUGCCCACCACCUCUACAAAUAUGUACCCUACCUCUGCUUUGUCCCCUUCCUCCACCACCCUCCCUCUAGUGAUCAGGCUGGUCUGUCACCUGGUGGUGUUCUGUCCAUACUUCAUCUCCACUCUCGUCUUGGUGUCUUUAUAUCAACACAGAGCCAAAGGAAAUGACCCCACCGUCAUCUUGGCAACAGCAGCCAAUGCUGAGCAGAGAAUGUCUGAGGACUAUGAUGAUAUUGCGGCGGUGACCUCUGAGCAUCAGUUCUGA